AUGGCUGCACGAGACGCGAGGAAAGAACAGGGGGCUUUUCUUGCGCGGCGUUAUGGACAGAAAAACAACAGGGUGGUUUCACGAAAAGAGAAUGGAAAAAACUGCCUUGGAAAAAACUGCCUUGCUUCGCACAUCAACACGCGGUACUUUCAGCAGGAUAACAACGGGUCCAAAACGUCCCAUUUUUUGAAUCGCUGGACGACCGUCACAGAUACCAGCUCGAUGAGAACCGCAGCUUGCGGUACACACGGCGUGGCUUGUCUCCGGGCGCUUACACCUCUCUCCAUUAAAUUCCAGAGGAAACCAAACGUCAUUGGAUAUAAUGACUAUAGUGCAGUACUGUACGGCACUGUCGGGUGCCAACACCUCAUCGCCCGCUGUGAGAUGCCAUGCGCCAUGUAA